AAAACUAAAACCAGAGCGACUCACAAUGAAUGCUUCAACCGUGAGGGAACAAACCCAGAACAACAAGAAUCAAGAAAGUAGAAUUUCUUCAAAAAGCCAAACUACAAAGUGCUAUAAGUAAGUGACAUUUAAAUGCUGCUAAACAGUCAGUUUAAACUUCUAUUCAAGGUGAAGUUGGAAUAGAUGUGUUUUAGUUUGCAGCAGAAGAUGUGUGGACCUUCUGUCCUGGAAACACAAAGUGACCAGUGAAAGAAAACCCCUGCAGCUUAAAGGAAGAGAAGAAGAAGAGGCGGAUGUGAGUCCAGAGCAACAUGGAGGAGGAAGUGAGCGGAUGAAGACGAGGCUGGACCUGAAGAAGAUUCCAACAUCACAACAGAUUACAAAACACAUGAGUGGUUACAACGAGCUGAAUCAAAUUUUUUCUUACAAAACAAAAGCUGCAGCUGCUUCAUUCUAAUGAGUGUUUAUUAAAUGACAGUGACUUCACACAUGAUGAGUUGUUCAGGGACAGUGAGUGAGUCGGUGGGAAUGUGUCAGGACAUCUUCACUCCAGUCAGACCAGUUCAUCAGGUUUACCUGACACCUCGUCCAAUCAGAGCAGCUGAAUCAGUCUCAGCCCGACGCUCACACAGUUUAUUCACACAGGUGUGUGUCAGGUACGAGGAUGUGGCCUCAGGAGCCGAUCAUGUCCUCAGAUGAAUCUGAUUGGAUGUCUGGGAUCUGUGACUGCUGGCAUAACACCAAACAGUGUUGUUGUCUGUUCUGGUGUUGUCCCUGCUUCGCCUGUAAAACCUCUAAACAGAUGGGUCAGUGUUUGUGUCUCCCCCUGCUGGACGUCUUCGGCUGCUUCCGUCCCAUCACCAUGGCCAUGAGGACAUCUGCUCGCCAUCGCUACGGAAUCAAGGGCAGCCUGUGCAGAGACUGUCUGUGCUCCACCCUCUGUCCCUCCUGUGUCUGGGGUCAGAUCUCCACAGAGAUGACGAGCAGCACGAUUCCCACCGUACUGAGUGACAUCUUCCAGCGCUGAUGACGUCAUCGCUGUACCAUCACUGCUCCUCAGCAGGGCCUGAUUGGUCGGUGGAGGAAAAUGUGAUUGUAUAAUAAUAAUAAUUUGAUAAUCAUUUUGAGCCAGUUUUCUUUAUAUGUAUUUUUUUUUUAUUCUUAUAAAGUGAGUCUGUUAUCUUUGUAAUAAAAAGGUGUAAGUAAAACUGCAGAAGACCAGGCGGGCCUCCUGCUGUUACCGGAAGUGUACUCUUCAGGAGGAUUACCACGUGAUACAUUUAUAAGAAAUAAACGCUUCUCUCAUUUUCCAAA